UACACUGGAAGGCUUUAUUGCAGUCGUGGCGCCGCUACUUAUUUCAUAGGUAAUUAAGCAACAAUGUCUUCAGCUGAGUGUUUGAGAGAGUUUGUCAACGAGCGACUAACUGCUGCUGCUGAAGAAAUAUUCCGAGUUUUUAUAAAAACUAUCGUCGAGUACGAGGAAGAGAUCGAUCGUCAGCGCAGACUGCUGGAUAUCGUUUGGAAACCCGAAAUAAAGUUACACAGGACAGAGCUCCCACAGCAACAUGUCUGGAAGGAGGAGGAGGUUCUGGCUGACCAGCAGCUCUGUAUUCAGGAGAGGAACUCCAGUCUGGACCAAGAGGACCCAGAGCCUCCACAGAUUAAAGAGGAACAGGAGGAACUCUGCACCAGUCAGGAGGGAGAGCAGCUUGUACUGAAGCAGGAGACUGAUACCUUUAUGUUGACUCCUACUUAUGAGGAAAGAGACCACAGUGAAGCAGAACUGAAAAGUGACCACCAGCUCCUCUCUCACAGCUGUCAUGUAGCUGAGAGCCAAGAUCAGAAAGGAGGUGAGCAUGAAGACGCAGGAUCAACUAGAGAUGCAGAGCCAGAACAAAAGAAUCAAGAUCACAAAAGCAGAAGCCACAGAAACAAUGUAAACAACUCUACCAUGUCAGAGGUUCACCAUAAUCCUCACACAGAGCUCCCACAGCAACAUGUCUGGAAGGAGGAGGAGGUUCUGGCUGACCAGCAGCUCUGUAUUCAGGAGAGGAACUCCAGUCUGGACCAAGAGGACCCAGAGCCUCCACAGAUUAAAGAGGAACAGGAGGAACUCUGUACCAGUCAGGAGGGAGAGCAGCUUGUACUGAAGCAGGAGACUGAUACCUUUAUGUUGACUCCUACUUAUGAGGAAAGAGACCACAGUGAAGCAGAACUGAAAAGUGACCACCAGCUCCUCUCUCACAGCUGUCAUGUAGCUGAGAGCCAAGAUCAGAAAGGAGGCGAGCAUGAAGACGCAGGAUCAACUAGAGAUGCAGAGCCAGAACAAAAGAAUCAAGAUCACAAAAGCAGAAGCCACAGAAACAAUGUAAACAACUCUACCAUGUCAGAGGGUCACCAUAAUCCUCACACAGGUGAAAACUCUUUAAAAUGUGACACAUGUGGAAAAUACUUUAAGUAUAAGUCACUAUUGCAGACACACCUGAGAAUUCACACACUUGUGAAGCCAUAUUCUUGCAGCAGCUGUGGGAAAAGAUACAGAAACAAAUCAGAUUUGAACAUUCAUAUAAGAAUCCACACAGGUGAGAAACCAUAUUCUUGCAAAACAUGUGGAAAAGACUUUAGAACCAACAGUGUCUUGAAUAUCCACAUGAGAACCCACACAGAUGAGAAGCCAUUUUCUUGUAAAACAUGUGGGAAAGAUUUCAGUCAGAAGGUACAUUUGGAAAGCCACAUGAGAAUCCAUACAGGUGAGAGGCCAUAUCCUUGCACAACAUGUGGGAAAGAUUUCAGAACUGUCAGUUACUUGAAAGACCACAUAAGAAUCCACACAGGUGAGAGGCCAUAUCCUUGCACAACAUGUGGAAAACGCUUCAGAACUAGCAGUCACUUGAAAGACCACAUAAGAAUCCACACAGGUGAGAAGCCAUUUUCCUGCAAAAUAUGUGGAAAAGAUUUUAUAGGGAAUGCUAAGUUAAAAAAUCACAUAAGAGCUCACACUGGCGAGAAGCCGUAUCUUUGCAAGACCUGCGGUAAAAGAUUUGUUGUCGCUUCAGCAUUGAAAGCACACAUGAAAAUCCACAGAGUUGAGAAACAAUAAUCUUGCACAACAUGUGGGAAAGAUUUGAAAACUAGCUGUUGCUUGAAAGUCCAUAUGAUAAUCCACACAGCACAAGCUGUGCUACCUGCGGGAAAAAAUUCUGUGACCCUUCAGCAUUGACAACACACUUAAGAAUUCACACAGGUGAGAGGCCGUAUAACUUUGAACCAUGUGGAAAAGGUAGAACUAGCGGUCACUUAAAAGUCCACUUAAAAACCCACACUGGUGAGAAGCACUAGCUUUGCAUGAUCUGCUGGAAAAUAAAUGCUUUUUGGAAUUUGAAAUGGCAUAGUAGAUCACAUACAGGCAAGUAACUGAAAUCACACGCUGGAAAAAAUGCCUGAGGAACAAUAUACAGAGGACAAAACAACCAGCUGAAACUCCUGUGGACACGUGCACCUGUGAAUGAAAUACAUAUUUUUGCAAUAACUGCAUCUCUCAACUGAUGUGAAAUGUAAAUUUCUUAGUGUAAAGUUUCCCUUCAUGUGACUGUAUUACUUAUUGUGAAGGAAUUUCUCCUUCAUUAAGGCUAAUAUCACACAGGUUUCCCCAGGUCAUGUAAGGGUCAUUUGCUGAGCUAUAGUAAGCCAAAGGUGACAUCCUGUGACUCUCUAAAACAGGUCAAACUCUGUCUCUCCUCUCUGUCUGUUCGUUCUACUGUCUGACGCAGCUGUCGAUCAGGAUCAACUCUGAUUCUGUCUCUAGAAAGUGUUGCAUGUUACAUGAAUGACACGACAUGACUCGGGUCAUCUAACUUCUGUGUUCUUUUUAUUUCACUGCUGCUCAUUUGUUUAAAUGGGGAAGGACUCUGAAUAGGCCUUUUAGCCUUCUUUACUCUCCUGCACUGUAAUUAGUUUUUUUCUAUUAUAUGCAUUUCUGUUUUCUUUACUGUACAAAUAAACUAAACUGAACAGUCUGAUUUUACAUUUGAGGCUUACCGACAUCACUGUUUUACACAACCAUAUAAGAAGUCCAAUUAAAUAUUUACUGUGUUAAACAUAUACUGUAUGUGAUACCUAAGAUAAAAAAAACUAUGAGCUCAUAACAAAUAUGCAUUAUUAAACUAUCCUACAGGAAAUAAAAUAGGCAAAACUGAACUGAA